UGUGCUUCGACGCCAAUAGACACCCAUCAUGCAUACUCCAUGUCAGAUCUGUAGGUCAUGGAGACUCUUCAGGCACGUGGCAUGGGCCGAUCAGGUCCCCGCCGCCGCACGGGGUGUCUGACGUGCCGGUCGCGCAAGGUGCGGUGCGAUGAGGUCAAACCGACAUGUGCGAACUGCACUCGUCUGCGUCUCCAAUGUACCUACAAGACCAUCGUCCCGGGCCGUGUCCCCUAUCGAAAUGGCUCUGCAGCUUCCGCACCCGUGGCCGCUGGAACACCACCCUCUGACCGUCCCGACGUGAACUUCUUCCACACCGUCCUCUGUGAAGACGGACUUCCAGCCCCGUCACCACUGCGGCAGCCAGCCUCUGCCCAUCCACCUACCGAGUCAGCUGCCGACUAUGCCUCCUCGUUCGACAUCCUCGGUCUCAUCGGGGAGUUUACCUCUGACUUUCAGCAGAAGCACCUCGAUCUAACCACGAAUGGGCUCACUGGCUUGUCGGCGGGAUCUGGGCUGGCCAGUGUCGUUACCACUACAGAUGCCACCAGCUACAAUGCACAAUCGAUGAACUGGGCUGCUAGCGCGGACAUCAGCUCGACUCCUGGCAGUCUGGGCGAUUGUCCUUCGGGAGAGACAGAUGCCCCCGACCGGGAACAGACGCCGCACGAAGCGGAGCUGUUCACGCAUUUCGAGACCAGCGAUCCGCCGCCUACAAUCUUUGGCCCCGUCGACCUGGACUGGACGUAUGUGCGGGCACGAAUCGUGCGUCAGUCGCGAGAAUGUCGAGCUGUCUUACUUGGUAUCUACUGUUACUCGGAGGUACAUCAGACGUGGCUUGAGGGGACGGCGUGGGACCGCAAGUCAAGGUAUCAUCAGCUAGCGUGGUCGGAAGUGCAGUCAUGUCUAGUCGGGAAGGUGUCAGAGCCGGUGCUAAGGCACGUUUUUGUAACGGUGCUGCUAUUGAUGUUGGCUGAGCUUCUGUCGAGUCCAGAUCUGGGGGAAACGGGCACGUCCUUUCUCCACUCGGCCUAUCUACUACUACAACGCUUUCAUGGCCGAACCUGGUCCUGGAAGGGCGUGAGCCGCCUGACCAGUUCCUGGGUCUUGCUGUUAGACGUCAAGGCAUUGAUAGCCGGGCGUGAGGGCGAUCCGCUUGUUGGCCUGGGGAGCCUUACACUAGCAGGAAGAGCUACUGAAGACCUACCGCUUGAGGAAAGCGAUACUGCAAAGUAUGAGGAUGAGGAAAGCCCCGAGCCUGGGUUCCUCAUCCGUGAAGCGGUCACCGGCCCGGCCUUUCAGUUCCAUCUGCAGACGCAACAGAUCCUCCGGCGGAUUGUGUGCAUAGACCUACACCACCGGAAUCGCGGCACUGUUAGCGACGAGUUCGAGGUUCUCCAGCUCGCGCAUCAGAUCAGCGCCGACCUGGAAACGCUCUGGAACCGACGUCCACGCGUGCUCGACAUCCACAGCACCCCGGAGCUGCUCCACGAUACUCUACAGCCUGCGGUUGCGCGGGAAACAUGCCGGACUUUCAGGCAGUACAUUGCCAAUUUCCUGGCGAUCUUCAUCUACUUGCACCGCGUCGCAUUCGCCAUCUAUCCGCGGACGGACCGAGUGCAUCGAGCCGUGGAGGGCAUCCUUCAUAUGGCAGCAAUCGACACACAGUCCCCAGCAGGAGAGCAGCGACAUCUGCCUGCGAGUUUUGUGUGGCCGUUGUUCGUGGCUGGCUUAGAGGCAUCCUUGGAGCAGCGGCAAUGGAUCCUGUCGCAUAUGAAGCAGAUGAGCCUGCGAGGUGAGAAUGGUGAGGACCAAUCCCGACCCGCACGACACCCGCAUGCAGAAAAUGUGUAUCUCCUGCUGCAGGAGAUGACUAGACGGCAGGAUGCAUCGCGAACGUGGGCGGAUUCACGCUGUGUGCGACGGGAAUUGUUUACUGAUUCCUUCGUGAUGAUCUGAUUGAUAGCCGAUCAUGAUCGGCGCCCCGACCGCUGCAUGCAACACGUAAGCGCCGGUACGUCAUCUGACUCGCAAUCUCCGC